UUAAAUAAUUAAAGUAAAUUAUUUAAUGAAAAUCGAGUGAAACCAAUUUGAAGUGUCUUUAGUCUAACGUGCGGAAACGGAAACUGCAAAAUGUUGAGCGCAACAAUACCUGUGCAAAACACUCUUUUACUUGUAAUAUUUUCCCUUACACUACCAAAUUAUUUAUUGACGACAAGCAUGCCUAUUUCCCCGGACACUAGUUCCACUAAUUUAGGCACUUAUCCACCGGAACCCAAUGAAAUAUUGCCAAUACAGCCUGUAUUGCUCUAUCCUAAACCACGCCAACUGCAGUUACAAGCAAGAAAAAUGGAAAAGGACAACGAUAUCAUUUACGUGCAGUUAUUAAAACGCAAAAGUCAUAAACCCAAAAAGCGGCUUAAUGAAGACGAAAUCUUUAGAACAGGUGCAGCGAAGGAGCUAAGCAUGAAGGACAUAUUCUACGUAAAAGCGUUAGCAAACGGACAGUUCAGCCAUCAGAGAGUUAAGUGGUACCGCUUGCCGGAGUUCUACGCGAUAAGUGUUUACCACAAUAGCGAUCUGAUGAAGGACGAAAAAUCUUCACUUUAGUUA